GACCAAACCAAAGCAAAGGCGCCUGAGGUCCUAGUCUUAUUCACUCGAGCUCUCUUUCAUUGUGUUCGAUUCAGAGUUUGUGGGCGAGAGAGACAUGGGGAAACUGGGGAAGAAGGCCAGGAAGUUUUCCAAGAAGAAUCUUCAGUCUGUCGAGAGAAGAAACCGCAAGUUGAAGUCCACCUUCAAAAAGAGAGGUCCCAAGAGAAAUGAGCAAGGUAGUGGUGAAGAAUUGAAGAAGAAGGACGCGGUAGAGUUGUCUAAUGGGAGAAACACUGAAGUUGAAUACAUAGACGACACUCCUCUUGACGCAAUAUUCCAUGAAGAUGACAGUGAUGCGUUUGGAGAUGAAUCGGACAGUGAUGGGUAUCUUUCAGAGGACUCAAGUGAAAUGCAUCUUGCUGACCGUGAAAUUGAGAAUUCUCAAGAAGGCAACCUUGAUGGUAGUAGUGGUGCUUUAUCUAUUCAGAACGAGGAAAUUCAAUUAGAGCUUGUGAAGAAAACAAAAAAACUAGACAAAUUGAAGGAGAAGGAUCCUGAAUUUGCCAACUUUUUGGAAAGCUAUCAUAAGGAGCGCAAACAGUUCAGAAACAAAGAUUAUGCUGAUGAGGAUGAGAUGAGUGAUGAUAAUAUGCAGCCAGAGAAUGUAGACGGUGUGAAUUUUAAUUGGGGCAAGCUGCUGACGAGCUCUUCUGUUGAUUCCUUGUGUCAACUAGUCACAGAGCAACAAAAUGUGUCUGCACUUACUAGUCUAUUGAAUGGGUACCGGGCUGCAUGCCACUAUGGAGCAGAAUCAACUAGAGUCUUUGAUGCCUAUUCAGGCCAUGGAAUUCAGAAUAGUGAAACCCUUAGCAAGAUAUUGAUGUUCAUGCUUAAUGAAGCUGAUAACAUAUUUAGGGGGCUAAUGGGCCUACCAAGCUCGGAUUCCAAAAAAGAGAAGAGUGUGGAUUUGAAGAAGAAUACCAAAUGGAGUACUUUUAAGCCACUGAUAAAGUCAUAUCUGAGGAGUACCCUUUUUCUCCUGAAUCAGGUUGAUGACUCUGAGAUAUUGGCCUUCUCCUUGGCACGGAUCAGAGCUUCUAUAACCUUUUUUAAUGCUUUUCCUUCUUUGCUCCGCAGACUUAUCAAGAUUGCCGUUCACUUGUGGGCAACAGGGAGAGGAACUGUAUCAUCUCUAUCCUUUCUCAUCAUACGAGAUGUGGCUUCUGUGUUUCGCUCUGAUUACUUCGACACCUGCUUUGUUAAGACAUAUAAAUCGUUCCUUGGUCAUUGCCAAUUUGUGGAGCCUGGUCUGUUCCAGCACAUACAAUUUUUAAGAAGUUCCAUUAUUGAUCUAUGCUCUGUCGAUGUUCAGAAAGCAUCUAGCAAAGCAUUGGUUUGUAUCCAGCAACUUUCUAAGAUAAUGCAGCAGGGUCUACGGACAAAGAAAAAGGAAGCAGUCAAGAAGAUAUGCAGUUGGCAAUACACGAGUUGCAUUGAUCUCUGGGUAAUGUUUAUAUCAGCUAACAUACAGGAUUAUGAUCUUCAGCCAUCUUUUUUUAUGAUCAUUCAGAUUAUAAAUGGAGUGGCUGUGUUGUUUUCUGGACCAAGAUAUUUGCCUCUGAGAAUCAAAUGCAUUCAAUGGUUGAAUCUUCUCUCCUCUUCCAGUGGCAUUUUCAUUCCUGUUACCUCUUUCGUGUUGGAUAUCUUAGAAUAUAAAAUUAGCAAGGAUGGCGCGAAACCUGGAAAAGCUUUCAACCAUUUAUCUUCAGUAAAGCUUCCAAAGCAUUGGUUAAAGUCAAGGAACUUCCAAGAACAGCGUGUUUUAUCUCCUAUCGAACUGCUUUCAGCGCACUUUGCUCAGUGGAGCCAUCAUAUAUCAUUUCCAGAUCUUGCAACCAUUCCACUUAUUAGCUUGAAGAAGUUUCAUGAGAUAACUACUAUAGAAAGUUCCAAGCGUGUAGUGAAGCGUUUCAUCGACCAGGUGGAGCAAAACAUUGAAUUUAUUCGGAAGAAGAGAGAUGAGGCAGCCUUUUCACCAACAGAUCAGCAAUCUGCAGAUUUAUUUCUUCAGCUUGAAAAGCAAAAUGCCAGCACUCCAUUUACACAAUAUUAUAAAAGCAUCAUGGACAAGGCUGCUUCUAGAAACUUAACUCUGAAUGAAAAGUUCUCUAAAGCAAAGGAAAUAAAGAAGAAAACACAAAGCAAAAUACAAGUGCCUCAAGAUAACAGUUUAACCGAGGGAGUUAAAAGCAAACAUCCAGAGAAAAGAAAAGGCAUUGUUGAUCAUAUCAAAGGUGGAAGAGAAAGAAAGUCGAAGAAAAAAGAAACUAUUGAAGGCCAAGUCGUCUGAAGUUUCUGGCCUUUCUCUGAGCAAAUUUUGAUCCUAUUAGUAUUAAAUUACAGUUUUGGUGCACUCAUUUGAGCUUAUAGAGAUCAUACUCCAGAACAGACAUGUAAUGCCGAUGUUCUCUAUAUCAACUUAGAAAUCUAGUCCAUUGACCAUGGCAAAUUCGUUUUGCUUGUAAUGUUCAAGAAAAUUUGUUGGCAUACAUUAUAAAUGCAGAAAUAUGAUGAGAACGCAUUUUUGUUGAUA